UGACGCCGCUUUUGUUAACGCGUGGUUUUGGCAAGGACCUUUACACCGGAAACAAUUACUGUAAACACUGUGUACAUUUGGAGGUGAGGGUGUCACAUCCGAUGUUACAUUAAAAUGUCAAAAAAUAGGAAAAUAGCAUUGGUAUUUGGAGGCUUUGUAACGGCUGUUGCCGCUGCUUUUUACCCCAUAUUUUUCUACCCUCUCACGCAUAAAGAUGAGUACAGAGAAGUCCAAAAGAUGAACCGGGCAGGAGUCAACCAGGCAGAUAUUCAACCUGUGGGUGUGAAGAUAUGGUCUGAUCCAUUCAAGCCUGCAGGAAAAUGAUGAACAAUGACAGCUAACCCUGCACUAAUUCCAGACACUGCUGCUGAUGAAGACUUUGAACAGAGAAUGCCUUUUUGAUGAAUGCUUAGUGUGCGCGUGAGUGAAUGCUUUCCAGAAUGUGUUUUUUGGUUAAGUGAUUAAACAUGCUUCUUUAAAUGACUUGUUAAUAUAAUAUUUGCUUUAAUGGGUAAUGCAUUGUGAUGACAGACAUAAAAAAAUCUGUAAGAAGUGUGAUGAACAUGAGACAAGUAGCAUAAGGUUUACUUUCUACCACAGUUCACCCAUCUUCCAAGUUUCCAAAAAUAGUAGAUGAUGUGCUGCUAGUUCUCUUUUGUCCACAAGGGGGAGCUCCAUGCCAAUCUGUUGAUACAAAAGGCACUGGACUGUGUAAUGUUUUGUUUGUGCAUCUUAGAUAUUUUGGCAUAACUUUUGUAUUUCCAAAAGCCUUGCUCUGGUAUGCAGCCUGAAGGAAAUUAUAAUAAAAUACAGUGGUUUGUUUA